AUGUACGACAUAAAUGUUAUUAAAAGGUACUUUGAAUCAAUAUACGAGACAAGAGAAAUUGAAAACAUACCUGCCAAAGAAUUAAAUGUCCAGCUCGCGAAAUUUUUCAUGAAUGUACGCAAGAGAAAUGGCAGCGUUUAUGAACCUACUUCUCUCAAGGACUUCCAGAGAAGUUUGCAGAGAUAUUUGAACGACAAGAGUUCUACAAUGAAUAUCCUACAAGACCAGGUGUUUGCCAAAUCCCGUGAAGUUCUUAUAGCGAAGAAACGAGAGCUUGUCCAACAACACGCCAAAGGAAACCGACCACAAGCUUGUCGAGAGUUGACGACGGCGGAGGAAGACAAGUUCUUCGAGUUGGGUUUGUUCGGAAAACACGACCCAGAAGUUCUCCAGAGGACCGUUUGUGGGUUCUUUCUCUUCAUUUCGGCUUUCGAGCGCCAACAACAAAACCUUUCCUACUUCAACCAGUCUACAGUCGAAGGCAUGUUUUCAGGGGCAACAUUCAAAAGAUCGAAGGCUGUCAUUUCAACUUUUUUCUCAACGCGAGCAAAAGUCCGAUCAGAGCUCCAGAAGCAACUUUUGCCAAAAAAGGCGUGUUAUCUUGAGCGAUGGCAGUGA